AGGACGCAGGAGCCGCAAUUAGCUCGAGCUGCAGGCUGCGGGGCGGCUGCGCCCACCGAGGCAGCGAGGAAGGGACCCGCAGCCCCCAGCUCAGAGCAAAGGCAUCGCGCACUCCUCUCGCCCAGGCUCCCCCCGCCCCCCCCGCCCCUUCCCCCCUCCCUUUUCUCUGGCGUUCCCAGCAGCUUAGGGUUUCAGAUGUCCCACCGCCGUUUGACCCCCUCCCCCCUUCUCCACCCCUGCAAAUGAGGUUUGACCAGCAGAGGCAGAGCCCACCUCUGGCUGAAAAGCACUGACAUUUAGACUCCAGGCUUCAACCUGUUUACAAGCGGCUUUCCAAGGGACUUGGAGGUGGAGGGAAGGGCCAAACAAAACACCAGCCGCCAGCCGCCCCCCAAACAAGAAGUGGCUUUCGGGAGACUUCACAUCAACAGGCACCACCAAAAAGAGAAAGGAAGGAGAAGAAAACAACAGCGCCUGGGCAGCUGCCUCCAGUUCUGACAACUCCAAAGAGACACACUUUUUAAGUGGCCAGCAGGCUGGGACUCUGCAGAGAAGGACCAGAAGGUGCCAACCGCAGAGGGGCGCAGAUGUCUUCCUGCACCCCCACCCCACCCACUUUGGGUUUUGUUCACCGUCCUGUCAUCUGUUUUUCAGACCUCUUUUGCAUCUAACAUGGUGAAGAAAGGAGUGAAGAAGAGAACAAAGUAACCCCCGGGGAGAGCGAAGAGCUCUGGUGACCGACACCACCAGUUCCUACUGCCGCGGCCACCCACGUCCACUGUUCACCCUGAGACUGGAGAGACAGAGACGCAGGCAGCGGAUCCGAGAACGGAGCGAGGACAGGCAGCCGGCCCUUCCGAGGAGUUAUGGAUGUUGGUGCACUCGCUUCUGACCAGAUCCGUACCCAGAGGGAGCUAACCAGUAGCCACCACCUCCAGCUGUCUCUUUGCCUCGCACCAGGGCUUACCCUUCCAGUAUGUUCCUUCUGAUGAGACAAUUUCCAGUGCCGAGAGUUUCAGUACAAUGUGGAAAUGGAUACUGACACAUUGUGCCUCAGCCUUUCCCCACCUGCCGGGCUGCUGUUGCUGCUUCUUGUUGCUCUUCUUGGUGUCUUCCGUCCCUGUCACCUGCCAAGCUCUUGGUCAGGACAUGGUGUCACCGGAGGCCACCAACUCUUCCUCCUCCUCCUCUUCCUCCUCCUCCUCCUCGUCCUCUUCCUUCUCCUCUCCUUCCAGUGCGGGGAGGCAUGUGCGGAGCUACAAUCACCUCCAAGGAGAUGUCCGCUGGAGAAAGCUGUUCUCCUUCACCAAGUACUUUCUCAAGAUUGAGAAGAACGGCAAGGUCAGCGGGACCAAGAAGGAAAACUGUCCGUACAGUAUCCUAGAGAUAACAUCAGUGGAAAUUGGAGUUGUUGCUGUCAAAGCCAUCAACAGCAACUACUACUUAGCCAUGAACAAGAAGGGGAAACUCUACGGCUCAAAAGAAUUUAAUAACGACUGUAAGCUGAAAGAGAGGAUAGAGGAAAAUGGAUACAACACCUAUGCAUCCUUUAACUGGCAGCACAACGGCAGGCAAAUGUACGUGGCAUUGAAUGGAAAAGGAGCUCCCAGGAGAGGACAGAAAACAAGAAGGAAAAACACCUCGGCUCACUUCCUCCCCAUGGUGGUCCACUCAUAGAAGAAGGCACUGUUGGUGGAUGCAGUACAACCAAUGACUCUUUGGCCAGAAAGAGAUAGUAUCCUCACUGAAGACUGUAGCUCAAAAGGCAAAGACAUAGCCCUGAGUUCAGCUUGUUUAAAGAAAGGAAGGCUUUGGAUGUUUUUGUACUCACUGCUGACAUACGAAGUUCUUUUCACUAGCUCUGUGUCAUUGUGUCAUGCCUUAUAACCAAGAUAGAGGCAAAUCAACUUUGGAUGAAAGUUAUCCUCAAGUGAACAAUAUUGUGGCUGGGGCUGGGUUUUUUGUUUUGUUUUGUUUUGUUUUUAAGUUUUUGUUUUUUGAACUUCUGAGAUAGGACUUAAAGAACACAGAACACUCUGUUGAAUGAUCUUUGGGAAAGUUAUUUAUGGAAUAUGAACACAUAUCAAAGACUUUCAUUGCUCAUUCAAGCCUGAUGAUUCAAUGAGCAGUAAGACACGCAAGCAUUUACUGGAAAGCACUUGGGUCAUAUCAUAUGCACAACCAAAGGAGCUUUGGGUGUGGCACCAUGGAAGAAUUGGAUCAGAUUUACAAAUAGAAACAUAGUAGUGUGAAACUGUCCUAACAAUACAAAUAGUAUGGUAUGCUUGUGCAUUCUGUCUCUAUUCUUUUCUAUUUCCUUCUAAGUUAUUUAUUUAAUAGGAUGUUAAAUAUCUUUUGGGGUUUUAAAGAGUAUCCUCAGCGCUGCCCUCUGAUUUACCUUCUCUCUCUCUCUUUCUCUUUCUCUCUUUCUCUCUUUCUCUCUCUCUCUCUCUUCUGGCACCAUACACACAUUCAUGACAAAGUGUUUUAAAACAUUAGCAAACAAUUCAGAAAUAGGAGAUGAGAUCAAGGAAGCAGUAUGAAUGCCCCAUGUGCUCUCAGUUGACUUAAUUUUCACUUCUGCAAUAAAAACCAUCAGUGAUGACUAUGGUAGAGUUCUGCUAUAGCUUAAGUAACAGCUAUCUGCCAUCGUUUAUCAACAUAUAUCAGUCUGGAGGGACCCUUGCCUUAAAAUAUAGAAGGCCAAAUUCUCUUUCAUUGCCUUAUUUCAUCUCCAAGAUAUACUAAAAGAAGAAAAAUGAAUGGUUAGACUUAAGACUAACCUUGUUGGCUUUUUUUUUUUUUUUUCAUACUGAUGAUGAAUUGCCACAGGUCACCGUGGCAAAUGAUGGAAAGGUCAUCUGCAUAUACAUGAGCCCUUUGUAAGUUCCACAGAAUCCUUCCCCCUCAAAGGAACCAAAAACAGAAAUUUGGUAUGAAGUGCAACUCUCCCUGGGGCUUAAUCUGAGCAAAUAUAUCCUAGUAUAUGUAUAACCAUAUACUGACACCUGUUCAAGCUGUAUGGUCUAGUCUUUACAGAACCAAAUAAACCUUGUUUUCUGUAAAUUUAAAGUGUUCUAGAAGGUUCCAUAAUAUAACCACAUUGAAAUUCAUUUUCUUAGAGAAGGUAUAGAAAGCAGUACGUAAGUGUGUCAUGCACCCUCACUGUGUAGUUCACUAAAUAAACACGUAAGCCUUCUUUGCAGUGUCUGUAGUAAUUUUAAAAAUGUACAAAACAUUAUUUCUUCUAAAUAAUUUUAGAGGAUAACUCUAAGACUAUAUUGAUGCUGCAGUCUUCUUGUUUGGAAAAGUUUGUUUAUUUUUAUUGUUUGGAUAUAGUAUUUUGAUACAAACAAAAAGACUCACCAAAUGUGUCUAUUUACUAAAAUUUAACCUCUAGAAAGGCUAGUGAUUUGUGAUCCUCUUCUAACUUAUUUGUGCUGAUGCUUGGCCAGUGCAAAUCAGUUUCUUAAAAUAUUAUUAUUAAAGGUUAAUCAAUUAUUGAAAAAAAUCAGUUGUUUUUCCAGAAUGUUCCCACAGAGUAAUCCAACAUAGGUCAUAUUUAUGAUUUCUUUGAAAAGCUGGUAUUUCAAGAGAAAUGCACAGAGGCACAAUGCUUUGGUUUAUGGGUAUAGGUUGCAUUUCAGGGUGUUCUUUCAACUUGUUUUGUGACAAAUGGGAUUUUUAAAAUGUGUACUUCUUGUGGUUGGAUUCUGUAUGUUAGAGUUUAAUUGGUAACCGAGUCUGAAAGCUCUAAUGUAAUGCAUCUCUAGCAAAACUAGGUAUCUUUUUUGCUUUUAUUUUAAAAUAAUAAUUAUACCUGACACAUGAACAUGGACCACCCACAACCAAAAUUAAAUGUUUGGGGAGACAAACUAUAGUAUUUAGUGACCAGAGUAACAGCAAAUAGGGCAGACGUUGGAUUCUUAUUUCACAUUGCCAUUUAGGUUACUAAAGAGACUACGUGUAAACAGUCAUCAUUAUAGUACUCAAGACAUUAAACAGCUUCUAGCAAAAUGUAUCAAAGCUUGCAGAGUCCAAAAAUAGAAAACAUCUUUCCCCCUCUCCCACUCUACAUUUCCCCCUGUAUACAUCCUAACAGAGAUAAAUACAAAAAGAAUUCGGUAAGGAGAGAGGAGAUUCUUUUGCAUUUAAUAAAUGCAUAUUUGUUUGCUAUUAAUAGAGAAUUCUGGUCCUUUUUACAACUACUGAAAGAAGUUCAGUCCUAAAUUUUGUGCGCUAAAAAAAUAAAUAAAUAAAUAACUCAAGAUUUUGGGAGUUCUGCCUCCGUGGGAAGUGUGGGCACUGGUCCACCAUACUAAAAUGUGUUAGCCAGGGAUACAGGGCUUAUGAGUGUUGACAUCAGACUCCUUAAAGAUACAGAAUCGCUUCCCUCCUCCUAACCCCUAAAAGGCUGAACAGUGUAUAUUAUGUUACAUUUAAAUAAAGGCAAUAAAAAUGCUGGGAAA